UCAAAGACUUCUCCAACCGCAGGUCUCCAUCACAACAGAGGUCCUCUUUUUCCCUUCUCCCAAAUCCCUUCCUCCGCCCCCCGGGUUCCUCUUCUUCGCUAAUUUCCAAAUCAGCCUCCUUCCCUUGUCUUUGGAAACGCCUCUUCUUCUAUUUUGUUCUCAUCACAUCAAAAACUCUUCCUUUUGUAACCCGCUCUUGGAUCCAAUUCUUGUCUCCAACUGCUUGUUUGUGCUGGAAUCGUCGACGCGGAUCAUAAGAAUCGGAGGUCAUAAUAGUCUGGUUGAGUCUUAUGGCCGAUGACUCUAUCUUCUUGAUAUCUGGUUAGCGACCGAGAAAAGAGAUCCAAUAGAGGUCGAAACUUCUUUUGUCGACCGGGGAUGGAGCAGUUUCGGCAGAUUGGUGAAGUCCUGGGGAGCCUCAAGGCUCUGAUGGUGUUCCGGGAUGAGAUACGCAUGAACCAGCGCCAGUGCUGCCUGCUGGUGGAUGCCUUCAAUGCUGCGUUUGAGGGGAUCGGCGACGAGAUCCGACACUACCUGAAAUUUGAGGAGAAGCUCACCAAGUGGAAGGCCCUCGAGCAACCCUUCAAGGAGCUCCACAGGAUCUUCCGGGAGGGGGAGCAGUACAUCAGGCAGUGCCUUGAGCCCAAGGACUGGUGGGGGAAAGCAAUUGCGCUCAGUCAGAGCACUGACUGCAUCGAAUUCCAUCUCCACAACUUGCUAUGGUGCAUCCCUGUUGUGCUCGAGGCGAUUGAGAAAGUCGGAGAAAUGUCAGGGUCUGAUCAAGAAGAGAUCCACAAGAAGAGGGUGGUGUUCUCGAAGAAGUAUGAGAGGGAAUGGAUGGAACCGAAGCUCUUUCAGCACAAGUUCGGAAAAUUGUACCUGGUUUCACAAGACAUAUGUAGUAGAUUGGACAGUGCCUGGAAAGAGGACAGGUGGAUUUUAUCUGAAAUGAUAGAGGAGAAGAGGAGUUCGGGGUCAAAACCGAUGACAAAGCAAGAACAGCGGCUCGCAGAGCUACUGAUGGGUCCAAAAGGGAAGCUUUUCGCAGCCUCGGUCCUUGUGGGAUCGCAGGACUACCAAGUGAAAAGGAGAUUUGGGUCAAGCAACUACAAGGAAGUCCAGUGGAUGGGGGAGAGUUUUGCUGUGAAGCAUGUCAUUGGAGAGAUUGAGCCACUAAUGAAUGAGAUCUCUCUCUUGACAUCGAUCAACCACCCAAAUGUGAUGCAUUAUAUGUACUCAUUCUAUGAUGAAGAGAAGAAAGAGGGUUUUCUAGUUAUGGAUCUCAUGAGCAAGGAUCUCUCCAAUCAUAUCAAAGAGAUUUGUAGCUCAAGGAGAAGAAUCCCCUUCCCCCCUCUGGUGGCAGUUGACAUAAUGCUUCAGAUUGUAAGAGGAAUGGAGUACCUGCAUUCAAGGAAGAUAUAUCAUGGGGACUUGAACCCUUCCAAUGUCCUAGUUAGGACAAGGAGUUCUUCUCCUGAUGGUUAUUUGCAUGUAAAGAUUGCUGGAUUUGGUCUGUCACCUUUGAAGAACUCAAAAGUUUCAGCAACUCAAGCUGCUACCAUGAAUCCAUGUAUCUGGUAUGCCCCAGAGGUUCUCUUAGAGCAGGAGCUGUCAGGAGAAGCUAGUAGUAGCAAGUACACAGAGAAAGCAGAUGUUUAUAGCUUUGGAAUGAUAUGCUUCGAGUUGCUGACGGGAAAAAUUCCCUUUGAAGACAAUCAUCUUCAGGGGGAUAAGAUGAGCAAGAACAUAAGGGCUGGUGAAAGGCCACUGUUUCCAUUUCAAUCUCCAAAGUAUCUCACCGGCCUAACAAAAAGAUGCUGGCAUGCCGAUCCCUCUCAACGGCCAAGCUUCUCUUCUCUUUGUAGAGUGCUCCGUUACACCAAGCGCUUUCUAAUUAUGAACCCCAAUCAGGGUCAGCCUGAUUCAAUGGUACCUCCAGUGGAUUACUUUGACAUCGAAAUGAGUCUAUCAAAGAGAUUCACAAACUGGGCAAGAAAAGAAACCAUCCAGGUCUCAGAAAUUCCUUUUCAGAUGUAUGCCUAUAGGGUUAUAGAGAGGGAGAAAACUAGUGUAAAUGUCAAGGAUAAAAAUUCGGAGUCAGGAAGCGAGGAGGCAUCGACUUGUGGAGAUGAGAAUGCAUUCGGUACAAUUCUCACAGAAGAUGUCUUGUCCACCACCAUAGGUUCCGUGAGGUUGUUAUCUCAGGUGACUCCUGACUCAAACAAGAAGGCAUUAGCAAAGAAAGUCCAUGGAAAGGUCAACAAGCAAAUAGGACAGCACCAAAAAGGGAAGACAGUGAAACCACAGCAACUUAGUUGUGGGCGCGGUUUGCGGAUGAGCUCUGAGAGCCAGAUGCCAACAAUAGCAAUGAACCCAAGACGGAGGACAUCCGGGCAUGUCUCAGAUUGAGAAAUAGCACACUGACCAACUGCUCAUUUUUUUCAAAGAACGACUGGCACGGGGUCGUUGCAGUCAGCAGCACACCAACUGCAUGUUCAGAUCCUGUAUACCAGACUUCUUGCGGGGCAUAGAUUGUUUGAAACCUAGUUGCCAUUCCUGACGUACAGAUGAUAGCGGGUCUGUUAUGAUGCUGCAUCUCGUAAUCCAAUGUUUUCACUCUCGUCACAGAUGCCGCCCCACACCUGCACUAAUCGAGCAGCACACGAAAGUUUUCAUCCAGCAUAAUCUUGAAUGUGAGAUUCCCUUUUGAAAAUCAAGAAAACCAUAGCAGCUACAUGUCCCAUUGGAUUUGCAUUGGUGAACUAUUUAUUCUUCAUUGUCAAUUUGUCAUAUGUCAGAGUAUUUGCUGUAGACUGCUUUCUUCUGUCGUACAAAAUGUGUAUUCUUAAUCAUACCUGGCUGCCUUCCUCCUA